GAGGGAGAUGGCAAUCGGUGCGCUCGGAAUGCGCCGCUUGGCACUCACUCAGCCCCCUCCCCCCUUUUCUCUCACUCCCUCUCUGUCUUUCGCCGUCCCCUCCCCGCGCUCCGCUUUGCCUGUCAGGGGGAAGCAGCCUCGUCCGUCCCUCCCUCCCUGCCUGCCUCCUGCCUGCCUGCCUGGCUCUCCUCCUCCGCCCGGGACGGGGCUGAGGAGCAGCCGCUCGCCCAGCCCAGCGAGUGGCUUCCAAAGCCCGCUCGCCCCGUGCGCUCGCGCUCUCGUUCUCUGCGCCUCCGAGGGCGCACGCUGCGCCGCGCUGGAGAAGGGACCGGCGCCGGACCUGCCGGGCCGUCUUCCAGCUCCUUGUCGCUGCCUCCCUGUACCCAGGAUGUUGCUCCCAUCUCGGACCCAGCUGGGGCUUUUCUUCAUCUUGCUUUGCCCGGCCAACAUCAUCGGGCUGUGGUGGGCAGUGGGCAGCCCAUUGGUCAUGGAUCCCAACAGCAUUUGCCGGAAGACCAAGCGGCUGGCUGGGAAGCAGGCUGAACUGUGUCAGACAGAGCCUGAGAUCGUACAGGAGGUGGCCAAAGGUGCCAGGCUGGGCGUGCGGGAGUGCCAGUACCAAUUCCGCUUUCGUCGCUGGAACUGCACCAGCCAAAGCAAAUAUUUCGGAAAGAUCCUACAGCAGGAUAUCCGGGAGACAGCCUUCGUCUAUGCCAUCACAGCGGCUGGUGUGAGCCAUGCAGUUACCCAGGCCUGCAGCAUGGGCGAGUUGCUGCAGUGCGGAUGUGAGGCGACUCGAAGCCGCUCACCUCCUCUGCCCCCUGCCAUUACAGGGUCAGAGGGCUCUGCUUGGGAAUGGGGCGGCUGUGGGGAUGAUGUUGACUUUGGCUAUGAGAAAUCCCGCCAGUUCAUGGACGCUAAGCGCAAGCGUGGCAAGAGUGACAUUCGAACCCUUAUCGACCUGCACAACAAUGAAGCGGGACGCCUGGCAGUGAAGAACCACAUGAGGACAGAGUGCAAGUGCCAUGGGCUUUCAGGUUCCUGUGCCUUACGCACCUGCUGGAAGAAGAUGCCCCCUUUCCGGGAGGUGGGAGACCGCCUGCUUGAACGUUUCAAUGGAGCUUUUAAAGUGAUGGGUGGCAACGAUGGCAAGACACUCAUCCCCGUGGGGCGGAACAUCAAGCCACCAGACCGGCAGGACCUCAUCUACUCUGCUGACUCUCCUGACUUUUGUGUUGCUAACCGCAAGACAGGUUCACUGGGUACACGUGGGCGAGUGUGCAACAGCACCGCCAUGGACAUGAGUGGCUGUGACCUGCUGUGCUGUGGACGUGGUCACCAUGACGAGACACUGCUCCUGGAAGAGAACUGCCUUUGCCGCUUUCAUUGGUGCUGCGUGGUACAGUGUCGGAAGUGCACGGUACGCAAAGAGCUCAGCUUAUGCAUUUGAGUGGGUACAGAAAAGACAUUGGGCAGGAAUGGCACAGAGCAUGAAGACGAGGAAGGUACCCAGGUUGCCACAGAAUCCAUAGACAGGGAGCACAGUCAAGCUGUUAUGGGUAUAAGGGGCAUGGGUCAUUCUGGGCUGCCUUGGAUCCCCAGAACACAAACACAGGUUGUUUCCAAAUCCCUAUUGCUCUGCAUGGUUCCCAGCACUUGCUGGUUAUAACCUGUUGGUGUUAUUGGUUAUAACCUCCUCUGUGGCAGGUCCUGUGGCUCCAUCACUCCCUAGCUGGACAUCCACUUCUGGAGACAGGUCACCAGACAUUCUCCCAUCACCAGCCCUAUUAUCUUGGUCCUGUGGGUCUCUGACCAUGGGUCAUGCACAAUUUCCGUGGAGGGGAGUAUUGGGCCUCAUUUAUUAAUGGAUCUUUCCUGUGUUUGAAAGAACAGCAGAAGUUUCCUGAGUCUGACUACUCACUCCCAUGACUUCCUUGCUCCCCUUUAGUUGGGACUGCUGUUUCUCUCUCUACAUUAAUAAAGUUAUUUAAACUAACAGCCUUUUUAAAGAAUCCAGUGUUGCAAAAGGAAGUAUUCACAAGUGCAUUUAAUACAGAUUAGAAAUUUAAUUGUUCAUUUAAACUUUUUUCUUGUUCAAUCAGAGUGGUUAGAGGAUGGUAUAAAGAUGAAUUUCCAAGUAGUAAUGCAACACCAUGAAGUAAUCUUGGGAGCGUGUCCAAAAGCAUAGAGAGAUUAUCCUGAUUUGUGUUAGUGACUAGGAAGAUAAUGUUUAUUGCAAAUCAAUCUAAAAUAAAAGAGAACUUCUGUGGAGUAAGGGAUGUGGGGGGGGAUGGUGAUCUUUUGAUGUCAAGACAGCCUGGAUAAGAUUUGGUGGGGUAUAGUUAUCUGGGAUCAUGAGGGGUUGUAGACCCUUUACUUUUUUGGGUGCAGAGUCCUAGCUGGGUCCCUAUGUACAAGAUAAUCAGCAUGAAAGCGAAAUGUGUUAGCCACUGAGCAGAGUCCUUGUCCUUUCAUGCUGAUCAGAGCUAAUCACAGUGAAAGGAGAUGAGUCAGCCACUGAGAAGACUCUUAUCUGUAGCUAACACACACAACCUCCCUUUCAUUCUGAUUGGCUCCUAGGGAUGUCUGUUGUAGGGGAGUGUGGACUUGGAGGCGGCAUGGAGAUGAGGGAAAGUGGAAAGCACUGUUGUUAUGAGGGGGCAUGGUGUGACUAUCAUGAAGAGACACUGCACUUCUGAAUCUGCCACUACAUUACUGCGAUUUGGACUGAACUGGUAUGAAUGGCGGGUCCCAUAGACUUGUUUUGUAGCUUUUCAACAUUGUCCCUUACUUACACUUACAACAUGAGCUGUGGGAAACCUCUAGCAGCUGACUUGUGUAGACAGACAAGCAAGGCUCCCAGCAGGUAAAUGACACACCCAAGAUCAUACACAAUUGCCAAGCAGUUGUGGCCCUUCAGCAGCCUGUUUCUAGGUGCAUCAGUUUGGGGUAAUUUCUCUUUGAUUCCUUUUCUUUUUCACUAAUAACCCCCCCCAAUAAUAAAUUAAUGUGAGAAGCUUGAAGGUUGAUUCACACACACAUACACAUGCACAGAACACACACACACAGGUUUCUCCUAAUCACUUACUGAUGGGCAUUUCAAGAACCUUUUUCCCACCAGAGGGCGCUAAGGGCUUAAUGUAGCAUUGCAUGGGGCUGAGAAAGAAACAAACUGGGAUGGAUAGCACUGAAUUUCCAGGUGUGUGUGCCCUGGCAGAGUAGAGUAAAGUGACACCAGCCUGAUAGCAUAGUCCAAUAGGGUGCAUAGUCUGUUUGCAGUCUCUUGAAGCACCCCUUACUUUCAUCAUAAGAAUAAAAGUCACUUUGGACUGAUAAGCAUGCAUCCAAAGGGAUCUACGCUGAAGUGUCCUGUAGCCUGCACCACAGAGGCUGCCAGGGGAAUACUUGGAGCAAAGAUUUUAGCAAUGAGGAAGGGUGUAGAAUCUACCAAAGACUGGAAGUCAUAAUCUUUGGCCUGUUUUUGAUAAGAUGAAAAGUGGGAUUUUUGAGUGUUUGGAUAAUGGGUUUGUGAUAUUCUAGCUGAUGACCUGUCACUCAGCAUGAGGAACUGUAUCUUGUUAAGCUUCCCCUGCACUUUUGUAAUCUCUACCUCUGCUCCCUCUUUCUGUGCUUUUUUCUUGAUGCUGAUCUGCUCUGGUGUCACACUGACCCUAUUCAUGCAGAGCAAUCAUGCACCUGUAGCUGUUAUAAGCUUGCCUGCUAUGAUCUCAUGACAGGAGUGUUAGCAUUGGCCUUAGGAACGUUACCGCUGAAGGGGAGCAGAGAGAACUUUCUUCUACUUUAGAUUCUGAAUGCCAGUGCCCUUGUGCCUCUUACGCAGUGUAUGUCAACGCAACGCGGGCUUUCAAGUGACAAGGCAUAUUGACAGUUCAGCCCCAGAUGAAAACAGAUACCAUACUAUAUUUUUAUGCUAUUUCAAACUGAAAAAGGCCCACUCCUAGGAAAAGGUCUGGUAUUGGAUGGCUGCUAGUUAAAUGGGAGGACACACAAUUACACAUGAGUAUGUGUGUGCUGUUUGCUUGAGUAUGAAUAAGUACAUGUACAUGGGCACAUACACUUAGACCUCUACUUGCCCUCUGUUGGCUCAUUGUUUCUCCUCGUGCUGCAGCCGGGAUGUGUUGAGGGGGUAGCUCACUGUACCAUGACGAGGACAGGAACAUCUGAUUCUCCCAAAGUGAAGCCAUGUGUCAGCCUCACCACAACACAGGCAGAUAAUGAGAGGUUUCUCCCAGCAUGGUGGGAGCAGCAGAAGGGGUUGCUUGGGGCCUUGUUGCCCCAGGCAUUACUGGAGGGGUCAUUGCAGGUCACAAUGGAGCUUCCCUGCUAUCAUCAUCAACCGGCUUGAACUGUGACUUUCAAAUCGCUCCCUGACACUGGGCAGGGCGGUGCAUAACUAAGAACAACAGUAAGCCUGGUUUAGGUUAUUUUGGUAGUCUUGCCUACAUCUAUCUGCCUACCUGUAGGUAUUUAGUGUGCCUAUGAAUAUCAGUUGCUGGGAAUCACAAGUGAGGAGGGUCACUGCUUUUGAAUACCAAAGCCACUGCUUUUGAAUAUCAGUUGCUGAAUACCAGCCUAGCUUCCUUCCAUGCAAUCUGGGACAUAAUUCAUUAGCUAAGAUGAUUCAUCUCAACGUCACACUUGCCUGACCUCCAGAAUCAAGCCCUGGCUAACCCUUUCCCUGCCUCUCUUGCCUUUUUUCUGGAGGGGACUUGUUUUCAUUCACUGUCUGCUGGCUGGUUGUCCCAGCCAGCUCUCCAGAGAUCAAGGCUCCCUCUCUGCACCUGAAAAAGUUAGGGGAGGUGUGGCCCAGGGGACUAGGCCAUUUAUCUAGCCUGAAAGUCCAUUCAUCUAGCCUGAAAAUCUAGGAUAGCAUUAGCCCUUUAGUGGGGUAAAUAAAUGAUAGGGAAACGGAUCCUCUUUAAUUCCAAGUGGGAGAGUGCUGUUGCACUCAGCUCCUGCUUGCUGGCUUCCCAGAGGCAUCUAGUUGUCCAUUGUGAGAACAGGAUGCUGGACUAGAUGGACGUUUGGCCUGAUCCAACAGCUCUUAUGUUCCUACCUGCUCUAAGGCUCUCCCAGGCUCCCAUGGCGGUAGCUCCAAGAGACUCCUGGCCGUAGCAGUGCCAGUCAUCUCAGGGAACAUCAGCAGUUUAUUUAAGUCUCUUGCUAUAUUACUUGCAUUUCACAUGAUUUUAAUUAUAUUUGUAUUCCCCAUGUGGGGGAAGCCAUGACUGUUUAAAGUGAUAUGAUUUGCUUUAAAUGUCUAGUGCAGAAAGGGCCCUAAUCAGUGCCAUCCCAAGACAUUUUGCUGCCUAAAGGAAAGCCCAAAGGCUGUCUUGCUGUGCCAUAUAGACAAAAAUCCUGCCUUCAUCUAUCAUCCCAUCAUACCCAGCAUGGUACCGCCUGAAGUUGGUCACUUCAGUUUGGUGCUUAUAGCUUGCCUCAGUUUCCUUUCCACCCCACCCACCUCCAGUUUCAACUCAUUUCCUGGUACUGUUGAACCAGAAAUUUAUCCUCUUGCUCUAACUGCAAGAUUCAUCUCUCAUUUCUAACCCUACUCUAAAGCCCCACGUCUAUCUGUUGCAGAGGGUGGUGUGUGUGUGUAAGCAUACCACCAAUUUCAGAAGACACAGAAAAAUAUGUAAUUAUUAGGGGAUGUUUCCAAAUAGGUUCUACUAAAAGAUCCAUUGAAAGUAAUAUGCCUAAGUUUAUUCUGUCCAUUAAUUUCAGUAGGUCUCCUCUGAGCAUAGCUAACACUGGAUGCAAACCAGAAUUAUAUUCACUAAUAGGCAAAAAAACCUUGUGGUUUAAGAAUGUACCUAUAGCUAACAGAUAUUUCUAUCAAACUUUAAAAGGCAGGGAAAUUGGGCAGCUAUAGUGAAUGCACCAGGGGAGCAGGAGACCUGACCUCCUCUCUGAGAUAUUGGACUGCCUUACAAAUUUGUCAAAAUGCAAACACAAUUUGGGUUGGUCUUUCACAGUCCAAUCCACUUCCUAUGUAGCUUGGAAGAAUUUGAUAACAUGUGCCUCUGAGCAUAUGGUGAGUGGUGACAAUACCCGCCAUCUCCAAAGAUGGAGAAUUAUAUUUUUGUAUGUUUGUUGGUGUUCUUCUUACUUUGCUUCAUUCCUGUGUUACUAUUGUUUCUACAGAGAAUCUAAUCAAGAAAUUUUUUAUUUCUCUCAUUAUUCAUCCACACCAGGCCUUUAUUUCACUUUAGACAGUCAUGGCUUCUCCCAAAGAAUCCUGGGAAGUGUAGUUAGUGAAAGGUGCUGAGAGUUGCUAGGAGAUGCCCUGUUCCCCUCACAGAGCUUCAAUCAUGGUAGCUGACUAACCAGUCUGGCCAGGAGAACAGCAGUCUCCUCUCAGCACCCUUCACAAACUACACUUCCCAGGAUUCUCUGAGGGAAGCCAUGACUGUCUCAUGUGAAAUCAAAGUCUGGUGUGGGUGUGGCCCCCUGACUAGCCAAGCCAAGCAGCUGGGAGUCUGGCUUUUAGAACACUGACAGUAGGUUCUUAUUGAGCAUGCCUGACAUUAUCAUUCAGUUCAAUGCAAAUUUUCUUUAAUUAAAAAUCAGCCAAGCAUUUUUUUUUAACUUUUAAACUGCAGAAGAUGGUCAGAGUAUGGAGCAAAGUCAGUAACAGGAUUACAGGUCCUUUGUGAACAUGGCUGAUUUUUAAUUAAUUUCAGCAGAUUAUGAGAAUUCUCAGAGAAAAAAGUCCAAAAGGGGUCUGGUUUUUUCUCUCUCUCUCUUUAAACUUUGAACUCUUUUUCUGACUGUUUUGUUUAUCACCAUGAAAAUUGAGAGGGUUGUUAAGCAAGCGUUUCUGAGUUCAGGACCAUAUGUUUUGUACGGUUUUGUUUUGAAAUGAGUUUAUGGGAAGCAUCAGAAUGGCAUGGGGGGUAUUUUCAAUUUAACAUUGCGGAAUGUGAAAAAUCCAUGCUGGCUAUAGUAUACAGCCGCUCUCAUGGCUGUAUAAUCAAUGGUGGCCUCAGACUGUUGCACUUUUUUGUUUUGUCCUGCCUCGAGUUCAAGGUGAUGUGCCUUUUUUAACCAUAGGUGAUUACAAACAUAAUUACACAGUAUGACUGUAUUAAUACAAUAUAAAUGGUAUAAAUACUGAAACAAUAAACCAAAUAAUCAAAUUAGGAUAAUGACAGUUCCCAGUCACCAUGACAGUUCCCAAUGUUCCCAGUGCCACAGCAAAGAAAGCCACUUGAUGAGUGACAGACAUACUUCUUUUGAUCUCCCAGUAAAGGACAAAUCUUUGUUCAGCUCAUACCCAAGAUUAUAAAGCGGGCCGCCGGAACAAAACAAUUGGCUCUCUGGAAUGUAUAAAUGAAACACUACAAUGAAAAAUCUCCAUUUCCUCAUAUUCAAAAAUGCAGCUUGGUAUAAUGUCCCUCCAAGUACAUAGAUGGCAGUGUCUGAAAAUCCUCACACUGUAAAGGCCCCAUAUAAGGAAGCAUGAAAUUAAGAUUUCACAGUGUUGGAGCCCUAUAUAUAUAUUGAUAUAAUGGGGAAAAUAAUUAUUAAUCUUCAUGUCUUCUUGAAUACUGUAAUUGUCAACUCUAUUUUUGAACAAAGUUUGGUACUCCCUGCCUCUGUUGUUACCUAAGGAAGUAAUUCUAGGCCAUAGAUCUGAUCUACCUUUAUAUACUGCUGCAGUCAGUUCAUGUUAAAUCUUUUGCUCUGCUAGCUAGCAAGCACAUUUUAGGAAGUUGUGAAUCCUUCACAAGGCAAGGCUAAAGCCAAUACAAAAUGAGGGCUUCAUGAGCAGAUCUUAAAGCCUAUUUCUGUUUUCAAUUGCAUUACUGGAAUGCCUUGAGGUAGAGCAAGGCAUGCUCUUAAAAACACUUUUGAAGGAUUUUAAGGGAACUAAUGUUUGCAUGUCCCCAUGCAGAGCUGUGAGGUCACCUUUCCUGAUAAUAUUUUGAGUGCUGGAACUACUAAGUUUCCACCUCUUCCUCAGGUAAAGUUCCACAUUCCUUAAGAAAUUCUGCAAGCUUUUAAUUUAGGAACUGCAAUCUGGGGUAGCCAGGAGCAUUUUUCUUGGGAAAGUAUAUCCAGAGAUAUGUAAAGGUUUUGACCUGUUCAAUUACAUGCCCAUCAACUCUCUGUCUAUACCUGGGGGGUCUUUUGCCAACCACUACAAUUUUUGUUUUGGAAUAAUUUAUUAGCAAUUCUUCUUUCUUGCAGAAACUGCUAACAUCUCUCAUCAGUCUCCUUAAGUGUAUUUAUGUAUGUGAAAUCAAAAGCAUAUUUUCAAUGUGCAUUAUAACAGUAGACUACAUUUUAAAAUGUAGGCUAGGAAAUAUUCAUUCAGCUCCUUCUGUUCACUUAUUACAUAAAAAUUAAACAAAAAUGGGAGCUGUCAGUCUUCGUAUACCCCUUGCAGUAGGAUUUUCUCAAACAUAUAUCCUUCAGUUCCUACUCUGAUGCAUGUUACAUGAAGUUCCAUACAACUUUCUUCAGAGUGUUUUUUUUUAAUGAAAAGCAAGUAUGUGAAGUUGCAGUUGGAAGCAUAGGAGUGAUGGGUAUGUGUGAUUAACAAUUUCCCUUCUGUCUGUUUUCUACUGAAAUUGCACUGCUCUCAAGUUACUUUUCUUCCAUAGGGCAGUGGUGGCUGGUGCCCAUUGGGAUUGGCAGGGCAGAAGGCAGGUGUCCCAUUUUGUUGUUGCUAUGUGCCUUCAAGUCGAUUACGACUUAUGGCAACCCUAUGAAUCAGUGACCUCCAAGAGCAUCUGUCGCGAACCACCCUGUUCAGAUCUUGUAAGUUCAGGUCUGUGGCUUCCUUUAUGGAAUUAAUCCAUUUCUUGUUUGGCCUUCCUCUUUUUCUACUCCCUUCUGUUUUUCCCACCAUCAUUGUCUUUUCUAGAGAGUCAUGUCUUCUCAUUAUGUGUCCAAAGUAUGAUAACCUCAGUUUCAUUAUUAGCUUCCCUGCCAUAAGGUGAAAGAUACAAGUCCCUGCAGGGGAAAGGGUUAAGCAACCCCUCCUUGCUUCUUGCUCUUUACUGGUUUUCCACUCAAGAUUGCAGCCUCCUGUGGCUGCUUUUCAUUAAAAACAUAUUCAGGGGAAGUUAUAUGUCACUGCAUGUAAUGGCCUUAAUUCUCAUGUCU